AUGGGGUUCCUCAAGACCAAUGAGGAAGUCGGGGAGACGGUGGUCUUCGACACCCUAGGGAGUGAGGACAUCAAAGAUGGAAGUUUACACUUCACAGCGGAGGGAGGAGAGAACUCCAACAAGUUGACUAUCCAAGAGGCUAGUGGCGCUCCGGUUGAGCAGCAUAGCCCUCUGGGAUAUUCGGUCGGUUGGGUCACUGUCGUCUUUCUGAAUGUCAGUAUGAUGGUCGGUACCGGCGUCUUCUCAACUCCGUCGGCGAUUCUCUCUGGGACAGGGUCGAUUGGCCUUAGCAUGUUUUACUGGUUUAUCGGUUAUCUCUUAGCGUACAGUACACUGUCCGUCUAUCUUGAAUUCGCGGCCUAUUUUCCAUCUCGCUCUGGCUCGGAGGUGGUUUACUUGGAACAGUCAUUUCCUCGUCCUCGAUACCUUUUCCCAACCGUUUUUGCAAUUCAGACAGUGCUUUUCUCGUUCAGCAGUAGCAAUGCCAUUGUUAUCGCCGAAUACCUGUUCCAUGUCGCUGGAACAACACCAACUGCAUGGCAACAAAAAGGUGUUGCAGUGGCAGCGUACACGUUAGCUGUUCUACUUGUCAUUUUCCACACUCGUUACUCGCUUCUCAUUUCUAAUGCGAUCGGAGCCGUGAAGCUGAUAACUCUGAUCUUUAUCGGAAUCACCGGGCUUGUUGUCCUUGGAGGCAACACUUCUAUCAAAACCCCCACAGCAAACUUCAAGAAUGCAUUUUCGGGCACGUCAGACGCGACGGUGUACGGGGCAACAAAUGCACUGAUCGAUAUCAUAUUCUCCUACCAAGGCUACACCAAUGCAUUCAAUGUGGUCAAUGAAGUCAAAAAUCCCAUCAAGACUCUUCGAUGGAGCGCUCCUCUCUCCCUAACUCUUACAGCUGUUCUCUACAUUCUAGCAAAUAUUGCUUACUUUACAUGUGCCACAAAAGAAGAGAUUAAAAAUUCAAAGCAGGUCGUUGCCGGUCUUUUCUUUGAGAAAGUUUUUGGAACGGGAGGUGCAUCAAAAGCAUUGAAUCUUCUCAUUUGCCUUAGUGCUUUUGGCAAUCUGAUCGCCGUGCUCAUUGGGCAAUCCCGAGUGCUGCGAGAAUGCGGCAGGCAAGGUGUUCUUCCAUGGACCAACUUUUGGACUUCUACACGACCGUUUGGAACGCCUAUUGGGCCAUAUGCCGUGAAAUGGGUAUUGACAAUUGUGAUGAUCCUUGCUCCUCCUGCAGGCGAUGCGUUCAACUUUAUCGUUGAUCUGAGUAUUUAUCCCUCUAAUCUUUUCAGUUUCAUUUUGACCAUUGGGUUGAUCAUAACUCGUCGUCGACGUCAACAUCUUAAAUUGGGAAGGCCCGAAUACCGCUGCUGGGAUGUGGCCGUGGGAUUCUCCGUUCUCACUGGCCUAUACAUACUGAUUAUGCCGUGGGUUCCACCUCCCACUGGAGCUGAUGGUGGAAACGUAUCAUUCUGGUACGCUACAUAUAUUGUCACAGGCCUCGCCAUUAUCGGUGCUUGUGUUGUCUACUAUUAUGUUUGGGUUUGGCUUAUUCCAAAAUGGGGCAACUAUCAGCUUCGGCAGACGAUUUUGCACGAUGACAAUGGUACUACGGCACACAACCUAGUCAAGGUUCCUAACGAAGAAGUCGAGAGCUGGGAUCUAAAAUACGACAUUGCUGGACGCUUGCGACAAAGACCCGAGACCACCUUUCUUGAUAGUGAGACUACCAAGGGAUAG